AUGGGAGGAUCCCAAAGUUCUGUUAAAGGAUAUGGUUAUCACGUAUUAAGGGUUAAAGAAAAUUCACCUGCUCAUACGGCUGGAAUAGAACCAUUUUUUGAUUAUAUAGUUGGAAUUAACGGAAUACCACUGGACACAGAAACUUCUGUGCUUCAAGAACAAUUGUUGUCUAAUGUCGAUAAAGAAGUUAUAUUACUAAUAUAUUCUACUAAAGAACAAGAGUAUAGAGAAGUGUCACUGACUCCAAGUAAAACUUGGACAGAUAGUUCAGAAGAUGGUUUAAUUGACAUUGCUCCUGAUAGUCCUGCCGAGAUGGCUGGUUUGGUUCCUUCAACUGAUUAUGUUAUUGGAACACCACAUAAAGCAUUACGUAGCGAAAAUGAUUUUUAUGAAUUGAUUGAGGCCCAUUUAGGAAAACCACUCCGCCUUUACGUCUAUAAUGCUGAUUUUGACGUUUGCCGAGAGGUUAUCAUUGUUCCUAAUCAUGAAUGGGGUGGAGAAGGAUCUUUGGGGUGUGGCGUAGGUUAUGG